AUGGAAAUCGACCAAUUUUCAUCCACAGCUUUAAAUUUAAGAGAAAUCCUAGUGGGUUAUGGCUCUACACAAGAGGAUGUGUUUCAAGAGAAAGAGAGUUUUUCUGGAAUGGAAUUUCUGGGACCUAUUGAGGAUGAAAAAGGAACCAAACUGUUCGAGGAUGAAGAUCAGAAACAGCUACAAGAACCCCAAGUUGAUAAGUUGUUAGAAGAGUUUAACUGUGACUAUGAUAUGCAACUGAAACCAACACCACAGUUCGAUGAAACUACUUGGCCAGCGAAACAUGACAUAGAAUCAGCUUUGCCACCAUCAUUAGCAUCCUUAGAGCUGCUGAGAAACUACAGAAGCAGAUUUAAGAGGACAAGCGAGCAAAAUAUAGCGAAACCUUCUUUAGAUCACCACCAGAUAUCAACUGAAGAAAUUAUGAGAGUAGCUGGAGCAAGAUAUGUUCAAUAUUCUGCACAUUGGAAUGAUAGUUUUUGCAUCCCUAUGCACCCAUACGGAUUGGAUUUUGGUGGUUUGUCUGAGGAAGAAAAUAGAGACGUAGAACUUGCUCAGUUUCUCCUUGCUGCAGCUGAGAGGGUAGGUUGCCACCAGUUUGAACGUGCAAACAGAUUACUUCUCCACUGUCAACUGAAUUCAUCACCCGAUAAUGGAAGCCCCGUUCAAAGAGUUAUCUUUCACUUCGCCCAAGCGCUUCGAGAGAGAAUCGACAGAGGACUGGGAAGAACGACAGCGAAGGGAUCAGAGAAAAAAGAAGAAAGGGGGUGGAUUCAAAAGAUUGACACCAAUGUUGCCCUAACAUUCCAUCAAAAUAUUCCUUUCAAUCAAGUCAUGCAAUUCACCGGAAUACAAACUAUAGUGGAACAUGUUGCAUCUGAGACCAAAAUUCAUGUUAUUGAUCUCGAAACAGUAUGUGGGGUGCACAAUACAGUAUUGAUGCAAGCACUGACAGAACGGCAGGAUUGCAAAGUGCAACUUUUGAAGAUAACUGCACUUGCACUUAAUUCACGAAGAAGCAUAAUACAAGAGACUGGAAAAAGGUUAACUAGUUUUGCUGAAUCAUUGAACUUGCCCUUUUCAUAUAAUGCAGUUUUUGUGAGAGACUUUGGAGAGAUAAGGGAAGGUGAUUUUGAAAUUGGAGAGGGUGAAGCAGUGGCUGUGUACUCUCCAUAUUUUCUGAGGUGCAUGGUAUCAAGGCCAGAUUGUAUGGAAAAGUUGAUGAGAGUUAUAUGGAAUAUGAAGCCGGUUAUAAUGAUAGUUCUUGAAGUUGAAGCAAACCAUAACUCACCCAUCUUUGUGAACCGGUUCAUUGAAGCUUUGUUCUUCUACUCAGCUUAUUUUGAUUGCCUUGGAAGCUGCAUAAAUGAUGAAAAUGAUGAGAGUAGAAGGAAAAUAGAAGCAGUGUUAUCUGAAGGGAUAAGGGAAAUUGUUGCAAUGGAAGGGAGAGAAAGAAAAGUUAGAAAUGUGAAGAUAGAUGUUUGGAGAAAGUUCUUUGCAAGGUACCGAAUGAUAGAAACAGGGUUUAGUGAGUCAUCUCUUUACCAAGCUCACCUCGUCAACAAACAGUUUGCUUUUGGGAAAUUCUGCACUUUAGAAAAGAAUGCCAAGUCUCUUAUACUUGGAUGGAAAGGGACCCCAAUUCAUUCAAUCUCGGCUUGGAGGUUUCUUUGA